UUUCUGGCUCACUCAAUUUAGUUAAGCCUAGUUCUGCUCGCAGUGGUAUACGGGAUACAUAUAUGGAUACUCUGUUUCCGGCAGCGAUUACGUAAUAUAUAGUUACAUUACAGGUAGCUGUGGGUGACGGACUACACCGACUACACACUGACCAACUAGACUUUCUCCUCCGUGACCACAGUGACCGUGAAUUCGCAGCGCGGAGCAGCAAUAAACAAAAAAUGGAGAGGGAAGAAAAAGCUCUGGAAGCUGCAUUGGAUGCUAUGAUAAGCCGAACUCAAGAUCUGAAAAGUUCUAUAGCAAAUUUUAUAGGAAAACUUGAAACGGAAUAUGAAGUUCUCCAGUGGCCGUCGGUAUUGGACAACUUCGCCCUCAUUUCUGGCCAGAUGAACACACUUUUGAAGGUGUUACGCAACGACAAGACACCACCUUUGCGAAACAGGAUUGUGCUUCCACUUUUUCUAAAUCCAGAGAGGGAUGAAGAGUUAGCUAAAGUAACAGAGGGAAGGAUCCAAUUCUUCAACCAUGAAGUGGUGCCAGAUUAUUUGAGGACAAAGCCGGAUCCUGAUGUGGAGUCCACGGAACAGAUGGUGACUCAGAAAGCCAGCCAGAUGUCACUGGACGCAGCUCAGAAACAAAUUGCUACACUAAACAAGAUUGCCAACAACAUAGUAGACAUGGUGAAGAAUGCUAGAGAGGAAUGGGAAAGCGAAUCAGGACAGAGGGCAAACAUUGCACAGACCUCAUCAUUGUCAGAUACAAAUGCACUCAUAGGUGCUAUCAGCUUGGGAAAAGGUCUGCGGCCAACCCUGGGAUCACCAAAGAGCCCCUUGCCUUCUCAAAUGACUGCCCCACAAAGAGGAGGAAAAACCUUCCAAAUGCAUCCAGGUACCAAAGUCCCCAGUGCUAUCAAGACAAACAUCAAAGCUGCAGGAGGCAUUCAUCCCUAUGGAAGAUGAGACACAGUUUAUUCCUGGUACAAGAUGCCUUCACAGAGGCACAAAGGCAGUCUUAUUGCAUUUCAAGGAAAAGCACACACACCACUUCCUAAGAGAAAUGACACAUUUUCCACGGUAUUGAGGUCUUAGAUACAAGGAUGAGUCUCCUUAGAACAGAGACAGUUACAAAAUCUGCCCAGUUAUUGUCUGAUGCUGAAGAAAACAAAUUGAGCAAACUAUUUUUUUUAUGCUAUCGUACAAAACAGUCGACACCUUUGUACAAUUAAAAGUCACAACAGAAAAAUCUAUACAACAGUAAAAAAAACAAGCAGAUUUUGCUCAAAGAAUCAGUACACAAAUCUUACAUAAAGAGUCAAUAUUAACCAGUCGAGUUUUGUAGCAUAACAGCAGCGAUAAUCACACUUAUUCGGUAAAAUCGCAAUAUAAUGAACAAAUCUUUCUGAACAGAAAGCACAACCAGCCAAACAAUACCAGAGGUAUUUACAAUCCUCCCAAAAGGGAGUAACCCCAAAUAAAUAUAUUCUGCCAAAAAAUUUUUUUCCUCCCUUUAUGGUGUGGCAAGGAUUACAGGGCGAUUGUCUGGAAGAGUAUUCAGUUUUUAUAAGAACUGCUCAAGCCUGUUGUUGGCAGAAGGAUGUUUCCAGGCGUGACGUAAUCUCCGAUCAUGAGGCUGCUAUUUACAGGAAAGUGGGACGUGUUGUUAAGAAGAACCUGUUGCUGUUGGAGGAAAAGAAAUCAACUGUCAAAGUAUCUUCCCCAUUACACAGUCCAACCUCAUUAACAUGUAUUCUACCCUCAAUAUUAUGAGGGUUGUUGUCCUGUGCCCCUAGUGUAGGGGCACUGCUUACAUCGGCCAAAUUCAAUCCAUUUAAAGGAUAUCCUCACGCAUCCUUGAAAAAAACAUUACUAACAUGGUUCAACGACACUCGCGGAGAACUUUCACACCUAUGGUACACCCCGGGAUAAGUUGAUUGGCUAUCAAGAUGUAGUUCUUGAAGGUGUUCGCCACUGACACAUUUCUUCUGUAUGAUGUUCUUGAACAAUGCCUCCUGUUUGUUAAUAUGACCAUAGUCAUAUUGGCAAGGUUCAACUGUACAGGCUUUCAAAAAGCUAAACCUAACUGUGGCAAGAGAGGGAAAAUAAUAUCCAAUGCUUGGUUUUACAAAAAAUUAAUGGAGAAAAACUAGCGUGUAACCAUACAUAUGUGUGGCCUCAAUACAAUUAGGGUGACAGAGCGAUUACCUGAUUGAAUAAGGCAGGCGAGAUGCCUCCACCAAUUGAGCUUGUGGGAACGGCCUGAGCCCUUGAGUUGACUGUCUUUGUCGAGUUUAUGGUACCUGGGCUUGGAAGAGAUCCUGCAAAUCAACCAUUCAAUAUGACAUCUUGAGAACAACCCAAAAAUUCCUUCAUUUUGCCAUAUUUCUGCAAUCGACCCACACCAUGGUGAUAAUAGGUUAUACCUCUCUCAGAUACGGAAGGCAUUUUGUCCAUAAUGUCCACAUCGAUAAACAAAUCUGUGAAUGUAAUGUAGUGAAGUCACGUUCUUUUCUUACUGAGAGUACACGAAAACAACGUUUUGUUGGUAUUUUGAAAAUACAACAGCAAACUGCAUUUGC